AUGCCGGCUGCAGCUGCAAAGAAAGAGCAGAGAGAAAUCCCAUCCGCAGGUAGCCGGGGGGGGCAAAGGAGUCGACGGGAUGAACCUUGUGCGAAGCCUGAGGCGCGAAAGCGUUUGGCGAGUUGCGCGCAGAAAGCUCGCAGCUUGCAGCGCCUUCUAGAGCACAAACAGCACGACCUUCCGGAGGAGGUGCAAGCUCGGAUGCGCGCGGAGGCAGAGACUCUCCAAAAGCGGCAUCGGCUGCGCGUCAAAGAACUCAAGCGACAAAAGUUUAUUCGGUCCAAAAAAGCCCUCUACUCCAAGCUCAAGUUCUACGAGCUCAAGAAAGUGCAGCGGCGCUUGCAGCAAACCCGCAAGGAACUCCUUGCCCUGAUGUCUGAGCAGGAGCAGGGAGCCGUUGCUCCUGCUGCUGGACGGCCCCUUGCAACUUCUUCCGAGGAUCUUGUCGUUGAAAGCGCAGAAGCACUCCCGCUGGAGGCGCGCAUCUCGCAGGCUCAGCAGAAACUGCGGUUACACCUGGAAGACUUGAACUACAUCCGGAUGCUGGAGAGCCGGAAAGGUCCAGCUGUCGACGAGGAAGACGAAGCAGCUGGGGAGGACAUGUUCGUGGAUGCGAGCGAUGAGGCACCCGAUGGCGCCGCUGCAGCUGCGACAGCGGACCCUUUCGAAGAUGCCCGUGCCCUUUCAGAUGAGGAGAAGCAGACGCAGCAGCAGAGACGUGGGGGCAAGGCCUUUCGCUACGGUGCAAAUCCACAGAAUGGAGGAAUAAUCCGCGGCAGCAAUGGGCGAGCAGGGGCGUCCCAUGUGCUGCAGAAGGGGGGAAAGCACGAGAGGCGCUGGACGGAAGGGGAGGAUCGCCUUCGCGGUGGGAACGAAAAUACGCAAAGGCAGAAGAGGCAAGCACCUGGGAAGGGGGCCUCCGUCGAGACGCAGCGAGAACGGCAGGAGGCGGGUUGUGGGCGCACUGCUGAAAAGGGGAUUCGAGCAAAGCGAGAUCCUCUGCCGCAGAAGAAGCCACAUCAGCAGAGGGAUGCCACAGAUAAGGCACGUGCAAAAGACCCAAACAACCAGCCGACACGGAUCGGUUUAUCGAAACACAAGGCCCCCAAUCAGCACGUCAUGUUCGAUUCCGAUGAGGAGUAG